AUGCAGGAUCCCAAUAUUGAUGAUAAGUGUGAAAGUAGACUCUAUAUUGGUAACCUUGAUCUUAGAAUUACAGAAGCUGCUUUGCUUAAAAUGUUUUCUCCUUAUGGAAAGAUCAUUUCUGAGGACUUCUUAUGGCACACGCGUGGCCCAAAACGAGGGGAGCCACGGGGUUUUGCGUUUAUCCAGUAUAGCACAAAAGAGGAAGCAGAAUUAGCCAAGGAGAAAAUGCAUGGGAGGUUUGCCUGUGGCCGGCCAUUGGUUGUUCGUCUUGCUGGUGAGAAGUGCAUGCUGGAAACAGCUGAUAAGUCUACAAAAGCAGUAAGUGAAGGGCUCAAGGUGCAUGUGAUUGGAGGUGGUGGUGGUGCCAUGGGACAGACAAGUCGUAGUGCGAAAAUAGCUGCUAUAAAAAAUAAAUUGAAAUCAUUAGAGGAGGAGAGUUCUAGGACCAAGAAGCAGAAGCAAAGUGGCAAUAUUUCUUGA